AUAUAAAUUAGUAAGAUGAAAGGAGGAGAAACAGUAGAAAAAAGCUAUUUUGAUGUGUUGGGAUUGUGUUGUUCCUCUGAAGUACCAUUAAUAGAAAAGAUUCUUAAACCUAUUGAAGGUGUUCAUCAUGUUUCUGUCAUUGUUACUUCUAGAACCGUCAUCGUUGUCCAUGACACUGCUCUUGUUUCUCAGCUACAAAUAGUUAAGGCGCUAAAUCAAGCACGAUUAGAAGCAAAUGUGAGAAUGAAAGGAGAUCAAAGCUAUCGAAAUAAGUGGCCAAGCCCAUAUGCAAUAUUGUGCGGUGUGCUACUUUUGCUAUCAUUUUUGAGAUAUGUUUUUUCACCUUUUAAAUGGUUGGCUCUUGGAGCUGUUGCUGUUGGUAUCGUACCUUUGAUUCUAAAAGCUAUUGGAUCUUUACGCAAUCUUAGAGUUGACAUCAAUGUUCUUAUGCUCAUUGCAGUUGGAGGAUCAAUUUUUCUCAAGGAUUAUUGGGAAGCCGGCACAAUUGUGUUCUUAUUAAAUAUAUCAGAAUGGCUCGAGACAAGGGCAAGUCACAAGGCGACUGCUGUAAUGUCUUCAUUGAUGAACAUGGCUCCUCAAAAGGCUGUGAUAGCUGACACUGGUGCAGAAGUCAACGUCAAUGAAGUGAUGGUUAACACAAGGGUUGCUGUUAAGGCGGGGACUAUGAUCCCCAUUGAUGGAGUUGUCGUGGAAGGAAAUUGUGAAGUGGAUGAAAAAGCUUUAACUGGUGAAUCAUUUCCGGUGUCUAAACAAGUAGAUUCAAUUGUGUAUGCAGGCACAAUCAAUCUCAAUGGUUAUAUUAGUGUUAAAACUACAGCUCUAGCCGAAGCUUGUGUAGUGGCUAGAAUGGCAAAACUUGUUGAGGAGGCUCAAAAUAAUAAGUCAAAAACUCAAAGAUACGUGGACAGAAUUGCCAAAUAUUACACGCCAGCUGUUUGUUUGGUAGCCGCCUGCUUGGCAGCAAUACCAGCUGCUAUGCAAGUUCACAAUCUCGACAAAUGGUAUCACCUGGCAUUGGUUGUAUUGGUAAGUGCAUGUCCAUGUGCACUUAUCUUGUCCACGCCUGUUGCAGCAUUCUGUGCCUUGUCAAAAGCAGCUACAUCCGGACUUCUAGUUAAAGGAGCAGAAUACCUCGAAAUACUUUCAACCGUCAAGUUUAUUUGCUUUGACAAGACCGGAACAAUCACUAAAGGGGAGUUCUCUGUGUCAAACUUUCAUCCACUUACCGAAGAUGACAGAUUGCUCUACUGGGUUUCGAGUAUAGAGAGCAAGUCCAGCCAUCCAAUGGCGGCAGCACUUGUAGACUAUGCAAAGUCUCAUUCAGUGGAACCUCAACCAGACAACGUGGAGGAAUUCAAAGAUUUCCCUGGAGAAGGAAUUUAUGGAAAGAUUGAUGGGAAAGAUCUUUAUAUCGGAAACAAGAAGAUUGCCAUUAGGGCAGGUUGUUCACAAGUUCUGGAAAAUGGGAGUGAAAAUAAUGAAGGGAAGUCAGUCGGGUACAUAUUUUUGGGCUCUACAUUGGCUGGCACCUUUAGUCUCACUGAUUCAUGCCGCAUUGGAGUUAAGGAAGCACUUGAAGAACUUAAAUCCAUGGGAAUUAGAACAGCGAUGCUUACAGGAGAUUCUCAAGCUGCGGCAAAUCAUGCCCAAAAUCAGUUAGGAGGUGCAUUAGAUGUGGUUCAUGCAGAACUUCUACCUCAAGAUAAAGCCAAUAUUGUCAAAGAACUUCAAAAAGAAUCCUCAACAGCUAUGGUUGGAGAUGGGCUCAAUGACGCACCUGCUUUAGCCACAGCAGAUAUCGGUAUCUCAAUGGGCGUAUCUGGGUCUGCAUUAGCAAAUGAGACCGGACACAUGAUUCUGAUGUCGAAUGAUAUUAGGAAAAUCCCGGUAGCUGUGAGGCUUGCAAGAAGAACUCGCAGGAAGAUAUUUGAAAAUAUAUUUAUUGCUGUUAUAACAAAAGCUGCUAUUAUUGCCUUGGCUAUUGCAGGCCAUCCACUCGUUUGGGCUGCUGUUCUUGCUGAUGUUGGGACCUGUAUUGUAGUGAUUCUCAAUAGCAUGCUUCUACUUCAAGGAACAACCUCAAGAAACAUGAAAACACAUACGCAUUCAUCACAUAACUAUACACAAUGCUCAUCGGGUUCUAAGGUUCAAAACAAGUGUUGUAAUGUUGUGAAGAAACAUGGCACUUGCUGUGAUCAUGAAGAUAAUGUGCAAGAGCUAAAGCACUUGGUGCAAGAGAGUAAAGAGGAUGAUAGUUGUUGUGCUCACGAUGAUGCCCAUUAUGUUGAACCUAAUGACAGUUGUUGUGUUGCUGAUGAUCAUGUACACGAGGUAAGUCACUGCACACAAGAAACAAAUGAUUGUUGUGCUCAUGAUGUCAACAAAGUCCAUGAAGAAAAGCAUGUGGUCCAACCGGAACAUUUAAAAGAAGAACACGGGUGUUGUGCUCAUGAAGAUGAUGGUGAAAUACACGAGGUAAAACAAGUGACACGACCACAAAAGCCUGUAAUACAAGAAACCAAAUGCAGUAACGUUACUAAAGAUUUGGAAUCACAGAGUUGCGGGUCAGGUAAAAAGAAAGGUGAAUGCAGUCAUGACCAAGCCAACAAUGAGAAGCCACAUUGUCAUACCAGUGUGAACACAAAAAAGCAUGAUAACCAUCACCACCACCAUCAUCAUCAUCAUCACGAUCAUAAUCAUCAUGAACAUCACCAUGUCGUGAAAGAAUACAUAACGGGAGAGGAGUUGGGGAAAGCAGUGGAAAACUGUUGCAGGAGCCAUGGAUUGAAAAAGAGGCAUGUAAGUGGCUGCUGCAAGAGCUUCGUUAGUUACAAGUGCUGUGGGCCGCAAUAUUUUGGACGUGGAUUCAACAGAAAGGGAUAUCUAUCAGAAAUUGUGAUCGAGUAAACAUGCACUAUCUCUACUCUUUGGUUUAGGCUGAUGGUAAUGAUGAAUUAAGCUCAAACAGGUUAAAAGUUAUUGGGCCUUUUGGUUAGAAGUAAGCAAUAGAUUUGCAUAGUUGUUUCCAAUGUUGCAGUGGAAGUAAAUGUAGAUACAUAAUAUGUUUGUAAGAAAGGCUAAGGGCCUUUUAUCUCGUGUUAAUCGAGAUGACUAAUCAAUCAAACGCUUUGUAUGUUACAUUAGUCUUUCCCAAUGACUCGACGGACCAAAGCCAAACUAGCAUAGUCCUGGUUUUUACAGUAA